CCUACGAAAUAUUAUAAAAAUAGUUCAAAAUUCAAGAAUGCAUCUCAUUGGCAAAUAAGAGAGCUUCUUCUUCUUCUUUUUUUUCCUUAGUUUUUUUUUUUUUUGCGUGGGCAUAUGAACGAAGAGAUGAGGGUUGCAGUGAUAGGAGGAGGAACAAGUACUGGAUUGGCGUCUGCUUAUGUUCUUGCAAGAGAAGGGCUCGGGGUAGUCUUGUACGAGGAAGAACACUGUCUCGGAGGCAAUGCCAACGACACGAUUCGCGUUGAUGGUGCUGACGUGGACCUCGGGCUCAUCCUCUUCAAUCCCGCAAUAUGUCCGAACAUGAUGGAGUUCUUCGAGGAUCUUGGACUGGACAUGGAGGUUUCAGACAUGUCUCUAUCAGUGAGCCUUGACAGUGGCGGAGGAACUGAAUGGGGAACCCUAAACGGCUUCUCGAGCUUGUUCGCUCAAAAGAGUAACGUUCUUAAUCCCUUUUUCUGGAAAAUGAUCAGAGAAAUCGCCAAGUUUAAGGAUGAUGCAUCGAUAUACGUCGACGAACGUGAGCGUGACCGUGAUCUCGAUCGAACCGAGACGUUGGGGCAAUUCCUCAGGUCCUAUGGCUACUCUGAGUUGUUCCAGAAAGCUUAUCUGGUACCGAUAUGUGGCUCGAUAUGGUCACGCCCAUCAGACGAUGUCUCGAGCUUCUCCGCCUUAUCCGUUCUUUCGUUCUUCCGGAACAAUCAUCUGCUUCAGAUCUUUGGAAGGCCGCAAUGGCUGACUGUCGCAGGACGUUCCCGAACAUAUGUUGCAAAGAUUAGGACAGAACUGGAACAACGAGGAUGCAAAAUCAGAACAAGGCGUGAAGUACAGUGGGUUACCACUUCUGUUAAUAAUGGCGUUACUAUAAGGAAUGGAGAUGGCUCGGAGGAAAUAUUCGAUCGAUGUUUAUUGGCUAUGAAUGCCCAAGAUGCUCUGAGGUUGCUUGGGGACCAAGCAACGUUUGAUGAAAGGAGAGUUCUUGGUGCUUUCCAAUACGUCCACAGCGAUAUCUAUCUCCACCGUGACACGGAUUUCAUGCCCCACAAGACAGCGGCAUGGAGCGCCUGCAAUUUCCUAGAAAGUACAGAACAUAAAGGUUCAAUAACGUACUGGCUGAAUAUACUUCAGAAUCUUGGAGAGAAACAAGAACCAUUCUUCGUGACACUGAAUCCUGAUCGUGUCCCGAAGAAGACGUUGCUCAAAUGGACUACUGCCCGCACCGUCCCGUCUGUUGCUGCUCUGACGGCUUCACAAGAUCUGGACAAGAUUCAAGGACAACAUGGAUUGUGGUUCUGUGAAUCGUGUCAGGGCUACGGAUUCCAUGAAGACGGGCUAAAGGCUGGUAUAGCUGCAGCGCGAAAUCUGCUCAGGAAAGAUAUCGGUAACCUGAAGAAUCCAAAAUGCAUGGUCCUGUCUCUAUCAGAAACAGGGGCUCGGCUUUUCGUGACCAGAUUCAUGGAACAGUUCAUCUCAACCGGGUCCAUUACAUUACUGGAAGAAGGAGGAACAAUGUUCAGGUUUGGCGGGAAACAUCCCAAAUGCAACUUGAGAUCUGUUCUGACGAUUCACAGUCCUCAGUUUUACUGGAAGGUCAUGACACGGGCGGAUUUAGGGCUCGCAGAUGCUUAUAUCAAUGGAGAUUUUUCGUUCGUCGAUAAAGACAAUGGGCUUUUGAAUAUGUUAAUGAUUCUCAUAGCUAACAGAGAUAUGAACUCACUGAAAUCGAAUCUUGCCAAGAAAAGGGGUUGGUGGACACCGAUGUUUCUGACAGCCGGGCUAGCUUCUGUAAAUUACUUCCUCAAGCAUGUCUCAAGACAGAACACCCUAACACAAGCUCGUAGGAACAUUUCUCGUCACUAUGAUUUGAGUAACGAGCUUUUUGCUAUGUUCUUGGACGAGACCAUGAUGUAUUCGGCUGCAUUAUUCAGUUCGGAAGACGAGGAUCUGAAAACUGCUCAGAUGAGGAAAAUAUCUCUCUUGAUCGAGAAGGCGAGAAUAGAGAAGAACCACGAGGUUUUGGAGAUCGGAUGUGGUUGGGGAACCUUAGCCAUAGAAGUUGUGAGAAGAACUGGUUGCAGAUACACCGGCAUUACCUUAUCGGUCGAACAACUUAAAUACGCCGAAGCAAAGGCCAGAGAAGCUGGGCUUCAGGAUCAGAUUACGUUUCAACUCUGCGAUUAUCGUCAACUCUCUGAUUCUCGUGUAUAUGACAGAAUCAUAUCUUGCGAGAUGUUAGAAGCAGUUGGGCAUGAAUUCAUGGAGACGUUCUUCAGAAGUUGUGAGGCUGCGCUUGCGGAGGAUGGUCUUCUUGUUAUGCAGUUCGCAUGGAUACCCGAUCAACGUUACGACGAGUACAGACUGAGUUCGGAUUUCAUAAAGGAGUACAUCUUCCAUGGCGGAUGCCUGCCAUCGCUUGCCAGAUUAACAUCAGCCAUGGCUUCUUCCUCAAGGCUAUACAUUCAACAAGUUGAGAACAUCGGCGUCCAUUACUACCAGACGAUAAGAUGCUGGCGAAAGAACUUCACAGAGAGGCGCAGAUCACUGCGCUGUGCAGACAAAUCAUGGAUCUCGGAUUCGACGAGAAAUUCAUCCGGACAUGGGAAUAUUAUUUCGACUACUGCUCAGCUGGUUUCAGGACUUUUACACUUGGAAACUACCAGAUGGUGUUCUCUCGUCUUGGAAGCACAUCUGCAUUCGGAGAUCCGUACAGGAGCUUCCCCUCCGCGUAUUGUUCCAGCCCAGAAACUGGAAACCAGAUGAACUCUGAACUUCUUUAGCAUCACCAAACCCAAAUGUUCUCUGAUUCUCUGUGUUUUUUUUCCUGGAAAAUUCGAUGUAUAAGAGCUUGGCUUUGUGCUCCAUGUACGAUCUUGUACAGUUUCCAUGUCUGCAUAAGAACAUAGCAUGACAGCCGGGCUAGUUUCGGUUGCUGGAAACCCAUGUUUGGUAAACUA